GAUGUUCCAACCAAUGAAAGCGCUCGGGAAGGAGGAGGCGGAGGCUGGAAUUUCAGGGAUGCUUGUUAUGGCUGUCAAACCACUAGCGAUGAGAAAAACAUAUUUUUCCAUGUAAAAUUCACCCGACUCCAAUGAAAAAUGGACAUAACGGUUGUUCCUGUAUGGAUUUAUAUGGUGGUCACCAUCCUGUCGACGUUGCACGCCGACCGGAACGUCUACCCGUCUGCAGGUGUGCUGUUUGUCCACGUCCUGGAGAGAGAGCACUUCAAAGGAGAGUUUCCCCCCUAUCCCAAACCUGGGGAUUCCAGCAACGACCCCAUCACCUUCAACACCAACCUGAUGGGCUACCCAGACCGGCCAGGCUGGCUGCGUUACAUCCAGAGAACCUCCCACAGCGAUGGUGUGCUCUACGGAUCCCCCACUGCCGAACACGUGGGCAAGGCCACCAUCAUAGAGAUUAUUGCCUAUAACAGACGUACUUUCGAAACGGCCCGGCACAACUUGGUCAUAAACAUCAUGUCCACAGAAGAGUACCCACUGCCGUACCAGGCAGAGUUCUACAUAAAGAACAUGAAUGUGGAGGAGAUGUUGGCAAGCGAGGUUCUGGGAGACUUCCUAGGGGCAGUGAAGAACGUGUGGCAGCCCGAACGCCUCAACGCCGUCAACAUUACCUCAGCCCUGGACAGGGGCGGACGUGUUCCCCUGCCCAUAAACAACCUCAAAGAGGGUGUGUAUGUGAUGGUGGGAGCUGAUGUGCAGUUCUCUUCCUGCCUGAGGGAGGUGGAGAACUCCCAGAACCAGCUCCGCUGCAGCCAGGAGAUGGAGCCUGUCAUCAGCUGUGACAAGAAGUUCAGAGCCCAGUUCGACAUCGACUGGUGUAAGAUCAAUCUGGUGGACAUCACCAAGAUGAUCAUGACCCACAGUAAUCAUCCGGACCCAGGGACGGGGGUCCUGCCUGACAUCGGGGGGUACAACCCUCCGCCAGAGUCUCUGAAGAGCAGGGACUUCUUUGCCGACUUCCUCAUCACGUUGGCGGUGCCCUCGGCCGUGGCCAUGGUCCUCUUCAGCGUCCUGGGUUACUCCAUGUGCUGCCGGCGGGAAGGGGUGGAUAAAAGAAACAUGCAAACACCAGAUAUCCAGUUAGUGCAUCACAGCUCCAUCCAGAAGUCGACCAAGGAGCUGCGGAGCAUGUCUAAGAACAGGGAGAUCUCCUGGCCCCUCUCCACCCUGCCUGUCUUCAGCCAAAGUGGGGAGGUGGUGCCCCCCAUACACCCAGACAACUACGAGACAACAAGCAUGCCCCUGAUGCAGACACAGACAAACCUGCAGAACCAGAUUCAGAUACCACAGCAACAGCCAUCAGGAGAUAGAGAGAAUUAUUGUAUGUCGACAUUUCGGAGACUGGAGGCAAAUGGUAUUCCUGAGAGGAAAGUGGCUGAAGCAGUGAAUUUGUGACGAGAGAAAACCCCCAGAGUGCUGGAGCUGCUGUCUGUCUGUCUCUAUCCUUUUUAGCCAAGUGUUUUUCUAUGUCUAAGUCCCAAAUAGCACACCAUUUCCUAUAUAGUGCACACUUCUGACCAGGGCCCAUAGAGUAGUGCACUAUGGAGGGAAUAGGAUGCCAUUUGGAACAAACACUACAUCUGUGCCAAUCUGCAUGCCCAAGCAGUGCUUUCAUACUCGACGCUAUUGUCUUUCCGUGUGCACUUAUAUAUGUGAGUGAGUGUUGCAGAGUACAGUAGACUCCUGAUAAGCGCACUUAGUAUUGGUUAAAAAGUAGACCAAUUGAUUGGGCCUGAAAAAACAAUUACACUACAGAUCUUGCACUAUAUGAUCUUUGGGGCAGCAGGUAGUCUAUCAGUUAGAGAGUUGGGACCAGUAACCGAAAGGUUGCUGGAUCAAAUACCUGAGCUGUCAAGGUGAAAAAUCUGUUGAUGUGCCCGUGAAUAAGGCACUUGACCCUACUUUACGAUACAUAUUUUUGUGCACACUUUCACCACAAUGCCAAGCAGUUGCAUUUAUCAGUAGUCAACUAUACAUGUUGAUGAGUUUACGAAUGUGUUUAUUCAAGCUUACUAAUAAAUAUUAAAAUGCUAUGUUUAUAGGAUUUUAUUUAAAUAUUUUGUUCUAGAAAUGAUAUGCCAUUAACGAUAUAUCUGUAUUUUUACUGGCCUUGUACUCUUUAGAUGAAGAGACAGAGAUGCUUUUAUGUUUAAUGUCUGACAAUGUAUGUGUAACUGUUAAUUUUCUGUCACAUAACAGUAAAAAUACAUUUUAUUUAAA